AUGAUACAAGGAAUCUUUUACGCCCGGUUUCUGCCGCAAGAAGGCAAGCACAGCACCAAAAUCGUCGCCCAAAGUCCCCCCGGCUGCAUCGUCCCGUCCGAGGGCGCGACCAAGGCACCGCUCCUCGACUUUGAUGUUCUGCAGGAGUACAUCAUCCCACGCAAAGCUUUCUUCAACCGGUACGUGACGGUGACGGACCCGGAUGGCAAGUACAGCGUGCUGGGCUUCCCAGUCUCCAUCUUCCACCCAAAGUACCAUCGCAACGAGUUCAUCUUCAACUUUGGCCUCGUCGUCGACGCCGGCCUGUCCGCCGCCGAUCAGCUGCCGUACGAGCGCGUCGUCCGCCGGCUCGCAGUCACCUUUGCCGAACUCGAGAAGCAAAACGAGUACCUGAGCGCCCUGGGUGGUGGGCUGGUUGCCGCAGGACCCGUGUGUCACAGCUCCUCGGCAGGAUAUGACGACCUCAGCGCCCGCCGCCCCAUCGAGGGCCUACUGGAGAUUGUGAAAGAGGACCUCAACAACUACGGCGAGUGCAUGAUCCCCGUCGAUGACGCCAACGCCAUCAACAUGAAGCUCUUCCCCUACCACCCCGUCCCGCCCCCGGUCAAGGGCUGGCACGUCCCCGUCGCCAAGCUGCGCCUCGCCGACGUCGUCGACGACACGUGGGACCUGACCAUGCAAAAAGUCAUCGCCCACAUCGACGGCGUCAACGACGUCCGCCGCAUCGCAUUCCUCGCCGACGUCUCCAUCGACCUGACCCAGCUGGCCCUCCGCCACCUGCUCUACUACGACACCAUCCUCCUCCUCGACAUGUUCUUCUUCGGCUCCUGCUACGCGCCCCGCCCCUCCAUCCACGAGUUCGUCGCGAACCUGGACGGCGUCGUCGAGGAGUGCGCCGCCUACGUCUGCGUCAUGCCUCCCGGGCCCUCCAGCAGCGGCGGCAGCGGCGGAGGAAACGGCGGCGGUGGCGGGGACGCAUCCCCAGCCUCUGCAGGCAACAACCACCACUUUGGCAGGGGUUCGUCGGCCGAGACGUCGCCGACCGCGCACCACCACCACUACCGCCUGUCACACCCGGGGACGCCGCCACGGGUGAGCAACUUCCUGCUCGUCAAGCUCAUGACGAGUUUCUGCGCAGGGCGGACCGUGAUGGAGUGGCUCAAGGUGCACCUGGACACGGGGUUCGACGUGCUGCGGUUCGUCGACGUGCGGCGCCUGGUUCAGUUUGGCGUCAUCAAGGGCUUUCUGUACCGCGUCCAUAAGCACGUCGUCUCCAAGCAGUACAUCGCCGCCCUGGCCACUGGCCAGGCCAGGCCGUCGAGGGACGCAAACGCAGAUCCGCUGCAGAGGUACACCGAUGGCCGGCACUGCUUUGAUCAGAUCAUCACGGAGCAGAACCUCUCCGACCCCGAGAUACUGGACAGGUUGCGGAACCUCCCUCUGCCGCCGGGUGACCUGACGGUGUUUUAUAGGUAG